GAAACCAGAGCGAGUCCGGCUGGCCUCUGGGAGUUGCGUUUGCACUGUUACACAACGCGCUCCGUUUCUCAAUGUGGAGCAACCCGGUGGAAAGCGCUGCAGAGCUCGGUGUGGGGUUUGCACAUCUCCCCCGGGGCCAGGGGCUUUCUCCACUGGCGUGCCGUGCCCAUGGGGCGCACGGACUGGCCAGCCUCCUGACAGAGAACUGGGCCAAGGCGGCAGCACGGCACCCAAGCUCACCCUGAAAUGGCCAAUGUAGAGCCCCUGAUACAAAGGACCAGUCGGAGAGAGAAAACCGACUGGUCUGGCAGCCUCAUUAUUGCUUCUUUAGCUGGAGCUUUUGGGUCUUCAUUUCUCUAUGGUUACAAUCUCUCUGUAGUGAAUGCACCAACAGUGUAUAUCAAGAGGUUUUACAAUGAAAGUUGGGAAAGAAGAUAUGGCCACGUAAUAGAUGAAGGAACUCUUACGCUCCUCUGGUCUAUAACGGUGUCUAUUUUCUCCAUUGGUGGACUGGUGGGUGCAAUAAUUACCACACCAAUUGUGAAGUUCUUUGGCCGAAAACAUACAUUGCUGAUCAAUAAUGUAUUUGCAGUUAUGGCUGCGUUGUUGAUGGCUCUCUGUCAGUUAGCAGGAUCAUUUGAAAUGCUCUUAUUGGGCCGCAUUGUGAUGGGUAUUGAUGCAGGUGUCUCUCUCAGUGCCCUUCCCAUCUAUUUGAGUGAAAUCUCACCUAAGGAGAUCCGGGGUGCUCUGGGACAGGUCACAGCAAUCUUCAUCUGUAUUGGCGUUUUCACUGCUCAGGUUUUGGGGCUACCAGAAAUAUUUGGCAAUGAAUCUCGCUGGCCCUACUUAUUUGGAGUGAUUGUUGUUCCUUCACUGAUCCAAGUUGGGAUUCUGCCCUUCCUCCCUGAAAGUCCUCACUACCUCCUACUUGAAAAGAAUGACAAAAGUGGAGCAGAAAAAGCAUUCCAGACCUUCUUUGGGAAAGAUGAUGUCUCUCAUGAAUUAGAAGAGAGUGAAGCACAGAGAAAUGUUAAAUUAGUGUCUGUCCUUCAACUUCUGAGAAACCGCUCUGUGCGCUGGCAGAUCAUUACUGUAAUCAUCACCAUGGCCUGCUACCAGCUAUGUGGGCUAAAUGCUAUCUGGUACUACACAAACAGCAUCUUCAGUGAAGCUGGGAUAAGUCAUAAACUGAUCCCUUAUGUUACCUUGAGCACCAGCACUGUUGAGAUUUUGUCUGCUGUUUCUUCCGGCUUAGCUGUUGAACGGCUUGGACGUAGACCUCUACUUAUCGGAGGUUUUGGUUUGAUGGUCAUCUUCUUUGCAAUACUUACAGUAUCCCUGACUUUUCAGAAUCAUGCAUACUGGCUCCCCUAUCUCAGUAUAUUUUGCAUUCUUGCAAUAAUUGCAUCAUUUUGCAUUGGCCCAGGUGGGAUUCCAUUCGUCUUGACUGGAGAGUUUUUUCAGCCAUCUCAAAAGCCUGCCGCAUUUAUGAUAGCUGGGACAGUCAACUGGGUCUCCAAUUUCUCAGUGGGACUUCUUUUCCCUUUUAUUCAGGCUGGACUACAGACAUUUUGUUUCCUGGUGUUUGCUGUCGUCUGCCUUGCUGGAGCUACUUACCUGUUUUUUGUCCUACCCGAAACAAAAAAUAAGACCAUUAAUGAAAUCAGCCAGGCAUUUGCCAAAAGGAAUAAAGUGACUUUAGAAGGGCGGGAGAUGAGCCAGUUUCCAUCAGAAAGGAAAUCAAGUGAAGAACAAGAGCAUAACUUCUCUUCGACACUGGAGAAUGGUGAAACAAAAAACAAUAUACUCUAAGAAUUCAGUGUUCUUUGUUUGGUAGAAAAAACCCACAUGCUCUGCUGGUUUGGAAAGCAUGUGAUAAUUCUAGCACUUCCGUAUUUGUGUUAUUAAUACCCCUGUGUAUGUGGUUGUGUUUUGGGUUUUUUUUAAUUCAGGGGAAUAUGGGCAUAGGGUAAAUCAGUGGCAGUUGGGAAGGUUCUGGAGGGAAGCUGAUAUAUGAGGGACAGACAUUUGGUGGGAACAAGACCCAGAGUUUCCAGGAAACCUGUGGAAAGGAUCAUCAGGUGGAUGGAGUGGGAUAGGAUUAGGACUAAGAGGGAAAUUGGAUUAGCAAUGGGAACUGGGUGGAGGGAUCCCGAGCAAGGACUGGCUGAUCAGCAUGCAGCUAAAAGCAGCAGCUGCAUGCCAGCUUGCAUGGGUGGACCUAUAUGCUAGUGGCAGAGAUUGGGUGUGAGUCAGUGAAUGUGAAGACAAGGAGAGACAAGUUUAUUUCUUAGCUUUUCCCAAUAUGCUAUUAAAAUUGCACUUCAAAAUGAAAGGGGCACUCAUGGUAUCUUUUCCAUCUUCAUUUUUUAUUUUAGCUGCGGUUCCUCAUCAGACCCUCUCUCGCUUCCACUGUCUCGAGAAGAUGGAAACUGCAGUUUGUUUCCAUAAUUACUAACGUGCUUUCUCCCUCCAUCCCACAAAUACCGGCAAGAGCGCUGGAUUGCUCGCACUGUGUUUCUAUUCUUUAAAGCAAAUAACAGUGAAGCAGUUGUUCUGAAAACAAAAACUCCGCCUAUUCUGAAUUCAUAUUCUGAAUAGUGGGCUCUGGGGAGAUAGGUACAGUAGAAGAAAAAACAAACAUUGAGCUGUCCAGACUUCAAGAAUAGUAACAUUUUUUUAAAAGCACAAGUUCUAUUUUCAAAAGUGAUUUAGGAGCCAAAGUCCCACUGAAGGCCUAUGUGACUAAUGCUCUGAAGUGCCUAAGUCAGUUUUGAAAAUAGGGCUUAGGCUCCUAAGUCUUUUAGGUGCUUUUAAAAAUGUUACCCAAUGUCCAUUUAAUUUCAUGAUAGAAAAACGGCAGGGAUUUGUGAUGUUUACUCUUCCGGAGUCUUAGUGUUUUUUAGGCAAGUAAUGGCUCACUCUUUUUUUAAAUAUUUUUCAAUUGUUUUCCUUUAAUUCCUUAAGUACCUAGGUACUACAGGUAUAAGCACUUUCUAAAUAAAAUAAUAAAUCCCAUCAUUUUAUAUAAAAUAAAUCCAAAGUCCUUAGCAGUCCUGAGGAUAAGUCCCCAAUGAGUAUGUGCAAUCUUUUAGGAUGAGCCAUGUUUCCCUAUGGGCUAUUUUGCACAAUGCUAAAAGUGUAAAUUUGACAUGUAUAUUUUAUUUUUAAAAAUUGUUCUCAGAUGUUUGCUUUGUUUUUUUCAGGUUUUAACCUAAUAUGUUUUUAAUCAUAACCUAAAAUAAGUUGUUGCCAAAUAAUCUAUACCGUAUGCAGUGUUGUUUUAGUCAUUUUGGAUCCAGGAUAUGAGAGAGAGAAGGUGAGUGAAGUAAUGGCUUUUAUUAGAUCAACUUCUGUUGCAGGGAGACAGAAACGACCUUUCCAAUUUACACAGAGCUUGUCUUCAGGUCCGGGAAAUGUACUCAGAGGGUACUUCAGUUGGUCCAUGGUAGCUGACUUGGGCUCAGGCUAUGGGGCUGGUUAAUUGCAAUGUAGAUGUUUGUGCUCAGGCUGGAGCCUGGUCUCUAGGGUCCCGUGAGGUGAGAGGGUCCCAGAGCUCGAACUGCAGCCCGAGCUCAAACAUCUACAAUCGCAUUUAAAACAGCCUCUUAGUCCAAGCCCUGUGAGCCGGAGUCAGGUGGUGCACACCAGCUGCACGUGUAUGAUUGCAAUGUAGACAUAAAAUACAAGGUGGAACAGAUUGUUUAGCAUAAGUAGUUAACAUAUAUUUCAAAGGAUUAUUCAAGGUGAGGUGGCUAGUUACCACCUGUCCAGUUAUAGGAGAAGGAAAGAAAGGGUAGGGGGAGGAAGCAAUAAUCUAUAUAGUCUCCCCUCUGUUCCUCUUCCCCACCUCCACCCCCCAUGACUGAAGACAUGUUAACUGGAUACUUCAUCUUGGAUGAUUCCUUGAAAUAUGUGGUUACUACUUAUGCUAAACAAUCUGUUCCACCUUGUAUUUAGCUGUAACACUGAACACAUUUCCCAGACUUGAAGCGCUCCGUGUAAACUCAAAAACUUGUCUCCCACCAGUAGAAGUUGAUUCAAUAAAAGAGAUUACCUCACCCACCUUGUUUCUCUAAAUGCAAUAUACUGUGAUUUGUAUAUUUGGGUACAUGCUACAUAUUAACCAUUUCUAGAACUUAAUUACCCAACAGAGCAAUUUCAUUGGUGGGUAAUAGGAAAGAAUGGUUACCAGGUUAUACACUGGGUAGCUACUGACGUCAGUGGAAUUUUUGCUGCUAAAGAAAAGUGUAAUGAAUCAGGAUUAUGCCGAUGGAGAAUAAUAUGUUAGAGCUAAUCAAAUCUUUAGGGGGAAAACUACACAGAUAUGUUUCCUUAAAGAAAGUACUUGAAACUACAUAGCUUUUGUGUGCAGUGUAUGGUUUUAUUUGUCUUUAUUUCUUGGGUUUAUUUUGUUUUUUGCUACAUGGGUUAAAAAAAAAUCUCAAAAAUCACCAAAACCAAACCCAGUGCUGCUGGGUUGGUGAACAAUACCAACAUUUAAAAUCCCCCUUCAAGCACAAAGGCCUUCCUUCUCUGUCUGAUAGAUACCUGGUGGGAGAAUAAAGCCCUUUUACUCAACUUGAGGGGUACCUUACAUCACAAGUUGGGCUUGCUCUCAGAGUAAGGUACUACUCCACUUCAGCUAGGUUUCAUAAUUAGGGUCUUAAUAAUAACUAUUAAAAUACUUCAUGCUGCUCAUCUUCUAAGUACUUGGUAGGCAUUAAUCCUUAAUAAUGUUGACAUUUGAUAAAUUAACACUGCAUUGGCAUCCUGAUAUCAGUCUUACUGAACUUCUGAAGCAAGGUUUAACCCUUCAGUAAUUGAAUACAACCGCUAGCACUCUCAUUUUGAGCUCGGCUAUGCAGGUUCUUUCAGCACCUUUUUAAGUCCCAAAUGCUGUUCACCCCUCUCCUGCCAUGCAUACAAAGCAUGUGUAAAUGAAGCUUGGAUAGAGGAUCAGAGAGGGGUCACGUGGAAGCUCCCUUCACAACUAAGGGGCUUUUAUAGUACUAGCAACUAGGGCUCCUACAUCUUCUCUAUGUGAAGGUGCCAUGACAUAUAGCUCUGUUGGCCCCUCUCUUGCCUCAACCUAGAUGUGCACACAUACACUGCUGCAGAGAGAGGCAUCAUAGAAGAGUCUCCAUGGCACAUAAGGAGUGCAAAUCCCUUUGUGUACCCCCCCACCCCCAUGUCCUGUCUCCUCAGAACUGAAUCACAUCAGUUCUGCUGAGUUUAGGGGCUUCUGGGCUUGUAGGAUAGGGAGCUGUGGAGGUGCAGUUAGAUACCUGUUGAUUUGCUCCAAAUCUUUCUAUAAGAGAGCAGUACAGAGCGAGAAUAAUGUCAGCAUCAGAGAAUAUUAGUUCAAACCUUCCAAUCACUAGCUAGGGGAUGUGGUUAUAUUCAAGCUUGGUUUCUAGGAACACGCAAGAUUUGCAUAACUCCCUCAUCUCUAACCCCAAGGGCUGUUUUGAAUUGUUCUCAAGUAUUGUGUAGCAACAUUUUUCCCCUUCUUAGGGUGCUAUAACUUCAAUGAUCAAAGGCUAGAAUGUAAUAUGGUGACUGUUUUUCACUGAUUUUUGUAUUUUGGUAUAUUAAACUGUCUAAAGCCAAACCUGUACAUUUGUCAAUGAAUGUUUCACUUGUGCUUCUGUUUUGCUAUAUUCGGAAUUAAGAAUGGGAAAAUGCUCGACUGUGUCUUUGUUUUUAAAGCAUAUUAAAAGUGGAUUGUAAGUGUGUGACUGAUGCGUGAAAUCUAUAUACAGUGAGAGCCAGAUAAAGUAUAAGAAUUAAAACAACAAAAUGCCAGGUUGAGUUUCAUUUCUGGAAAUGAAUGUGAGAUUAUCCAAAGUUGAAUGUAAGGUAUCAUUACUCAGUUUCAAAUUGUAAAGCCCACUUGAGUUUUCAUGUGAUUCAUAAUUAAAAUCUUCUAUGUACA